AUGUCUAAACAUUCACGCGACCUCAUGUCUGCAGAAGAAGAUCUACAUGAGCUAGAAGCGAUGCUUGGAAACCAUGGUCCCCAACCUCAAGUCAGGAGAUCAUGGUCGAUGCCAUUUGCUUCUGCAGUCACACGAUCGGCCUUUCUGGAGAAAGAUAAGAAACCACCUAAAACCGAGCUCCAUCGCACGGCUUAUCUUGACGGUCUUCGCGGUUUUGCAGCACUUCUUGUGUUCAGUUUACACCACCAAGUUUGGGGUCAUUCUGGCACCGGCGGCGAAUUCAUUCUUGAGAAUGCCUUCGGCUGGAAUGGAACGUAUCGUUUUAUUUGCUUUCCGGGAGUGCGCAUUCUUUUCUCUGGAGGGCAUUUAGCCGUUGCCAUCUUCUUCGUCAUCUCUGGCUACGUGCUGUCUGUCAAACCUUUGACCAUGCUUCAGGCAGGAGACAUGACGAAAAUGUCAGAGAACUUGGGCUCAGCAUUAUUCCGGAGAUGGCUUCGUCUUUACAUACCCGUUGCAGGCACGACCCUCGCAUGGAUGACGUCUUGGCACCUUUUCGAUAUCAGGUCUGGUAAUCCUAUCGCUGAACAGCCGGAGGCUACCUAUCUUGGCGAAAUCUGGAAAUGGUAUUGCAAUUUCAAGAAUUACAGCUUCAUUUUUGACGGAGAGCCCACGAACUUGUAUAAUGAUCAUACGUGGUCAAUACCGAAGGAAUUUAGAGGCUCGAUUGUCGUCUACACCUCUUUAUUGGCCUUUGCAGCAUGCAGCAGAAAUUCGCGACUCUUGUGCGAGCUUGUGCUCCUGUACUACUUUGUAUACAUUGUAGACGGCUGGUAUUGCGCUCUCUUCGUGGCCGGAAUGCUCCUUUGCGACCUCGAUCUUCUCGCCAGCCGGNGGCAGCUGCCACAAAAACUAUAUGACUUGAAGAAGCACAAGACUCGCAUAGCUUAUCUCGCUUUUGCGAUUGCUCUAUACCUCGGCGGUGUACCAUCUAUCACCGAGGAUCUCAAACAUCUCAGAGAUUCUCCGGGGUGGUAUUAUCUGUCAUUCUUGAAACCACAAGCCUUUUGGGACUUCAUGUGGUUCUUCCGCUUCUGGGCUGCAAUUUUCAUCGUGGCUUCCGCACCGCACAUCGCCUGGCUCAAGAAAUUCUUCGAAACCUCUUUCUGCCAAUAUCUCGGUCGAGUUUCUUUUGGAUUCUAUCUCGUUCAUGGCCCAGUGCUGUGGACCUUGGGAGAUAGAUUAUAUGCAGCCAGUGGCAGAAUCAGAGAAGGACAUAUUGGUAUCGUUCCCGAUUGGAUCAAUCUGAUGCCUUUGCCAGGCGUUGGUCCUUUUGGCCUCGAGAUCAACUAUCUUGUUCCUCAAUUCAUUUCACUCGCUUUCACGCUGUGGCUUGCGGAAAUUGUUACCAGAUGCCUUGACAAGCCCAGUCUCUACAUAUCGCAGAGUCUCUACAGAAAAGCCAUGGCUCAAAGCGAGAGUCUUGGGUCACACUAUAGCUGGAAACGUGAAAUGAAGGACUGA